ACGUGCGCGUGAACAGUGUGAAAGAGCGCGCACGCACUUACCCAAACACAGGGCUGUGCGUGCGCACGUUUGCACUGGAAGCAUGUGACGGCAGAUGCUCGUGCUCUGGAGCCUGCUUGGUUUAGUGCGUAAUUUGCGCUGAAAAACGGGAAAGAAAAUAAGCGAGUGAACCGCACAGAACUCGUAGUGGGAGAAAACCAAUACCAUUUUUUUUACGAUUUCUUCUUCAGAAUUGUGUCAAGACGUUCCUGAAGUAUAUGCUGUGACAACCGGCGUACCGACCAAUGUCAGUUGCAAGUCAGUUGAGCUUGGUUGUUAAAAAAAAUAUUUGAUCAACUACGGACUCUACUCCCGUGGAAUAUAACUUGGAUUUUCGUGCAGGCCUGGGAUAUUGUGAUCCUUGGAAAAGCUAACGGAAUCAUUUGUAAUACAAUGGAGGUAGUGGCAGUUACAGAGAGAAAACGGGUCAGUUCUGAUCGUAGAAAGGAGAAAUCAAGAGAUGCAGCAAGAUGUCGAAGAGGCAAAGAGUCGGAGGUCUUCUAUGAGCUGGCCCACGAGUUGCCUCUGCCUCACAAUGUCACCUCGCACCUGGAUAAGGCAUCCAUAAUGAGGCUGAUCCUCAGCUACCUUCGCAUGAGAAAUGUACUCGGUGCUGCAGGUGACCAAAAGGAGGAGUCUGAAUUGGAGAGCCAAUUUAACAACUUCUACCUGAAAGCACUGGAUGGAUUUGUAAUGGUCCUGUCAGAGGAUGGAGAUAUGGUUUAUCUUUCUGAAAAUGUCAGCAAGUGCAUGGGCCUUACUCAGUUUGAGUUAACAGGGCACAGCUUGUUUGAUUUUGCACACCCCUGUGACCAUGAGGAGUUGAGAGACAUGCUCACACACAGAACAGGAUCCACCAAGAAGGGUAAGGAGCAUAAUACAGAACGCAGCUUUUUCCUCAGAAUGAAGUGCACUCUGACCAGUAGAGGCCGUACUGUUAAUAUCAAGUCUGCAACUUGGAAGGUUCUUCACUGCACAGGCCACAUCCGGGUGUGUGACCCCUCCAAAGGAGAACAGAAUAACUGCGGGUACAAGGAGCGCCCAAUGACUUCCAUGGUGUUGAUCUGCGAUCCAAUCCCACACCCGUCAAAUAUUGAGGUUCCAUUGGACAGCAAAACAUUUCUAAGUCGCCACAGCCUAGACAUGAAAUUCUCAUACUGUGAUGAGAGAAUUACAGAGCUGAUGGGAUACCAGCCUGAAGAUCUCCUGGGCCGUUCAGUGUAUGAGUAUUACCAUGCCCUGGAUUCUGACCAUCUUACUAAAACGCACCAUGACUUGUUUGCAAAAGGACAAGCCAUCACAGGGCAAUACCGGAUGCUGGCCAAGAAAGGGGGGUUUGUUUGGGUUGAAACUCAAGCUACUGUCAUCUACAACACCAAGAAUUCUCAGCCACAGUGCAUUGUGUGUGUGAACUAUGUCCUGAGUGGUGUAGUUGGAGAAGACCUUGUAUUUUCCCUGGGUCAGACUGAGAAUGUAUUAAAACCAGUCGAGUCUCCAGAUGCAGACAUUACAAAGCUCUUAAUGCAGGUUGAUCCAGAGGAGAAUACAAACAGCCUGUUUGAGAAACUGAAAGAAGAACCAGAGGCCUUGACACUGCUUGCCCCAGCUGCAGGAGACACCAUCAUUUCUUUGGAUUUCAGCAAAUCAGAUAUUUCAGAGAUAAAGAAGCUUGAGGAGGUUCCAUUGUACAAUGAUGUCAUGCUGCCUUCAUCCAGUGAGAAGAUGCUGAUGUCCCCUCUCCCACCCACAGAAGUGGUGAAGCCAUUGCUUAGCAGUCAUGACCCAGUUUUGAAUGUGGAAGUAGUCACAAAGCUGGAGUCCAGCGCAGAGCCACUGGGAAUUUCAUUUACCAUUCCUCAAACACCAGGCUUACCUUUACCAAGUGCAACCCAGAGUUUGCCAGAGCCAAGCAGUCCCAGUGAUUACUGCUUUAAAGUUGAAACUGAUUUUUCCGGUGAGUUUAAGAUGGAUCUGGUUGAGAAACUCUUUGCCAUUGAUACUGAAGCUAGGACCCCCUUUACUACACAGGUUGCAGAUGACUUUGAUUUGGAAAUGUUGGCACCUUAUAUCCCAAUGGAUGAUGACUUCCAGUUACGCACACUGGACCAACUGUCUUCUAUAGAGCCCAUCUCUGCAAGCCCUCCUGACAUCUUUCAUAAAGCUCAGACAUUAGUCACAUUUGCACCAACAGCAGCAAAGUAUGACGUCCUGCCCAUGAUGAGUAUAGUCUCACCUCUGCAUAUGACAGAAGAAGUAAAGAGUGCUCCAAAUUCGCCUUUCAGUGGAAAAAAUAGCCGAACAUCCUCUCCGAUCAGAAAAAGCACACAACCUCUAGUAAAGUUGGAGGAACAGUCUAACCAAUCCCAUCCAGGAACUCCUUUGAGAAGUAAAAGGCCUACUGCUUUCGAUGAAGAGUUAUCCCCAAAGAUGCUAGCUCAGCGGAAGAGAAAACUAGAAAGUGGGCUCUCACUUUCCAAGGCAGUUGGCAUUGGUACUCAGCUACAUCAACAUGAGGGGACAUUGAAAAGAUCCAAGGCAUCUGAGGAUAGUGGUAAAGAGGUGCUGACGCACAAGACCAUUCUCCUACUGCCAACAGACUUGGCAAGCAGACUGCUAGCCUGUUCAUUUGAAAACAGCGGAUUACCACAGCUCACCCGUUACGAUUGUGAAGUAAAUGCUCCGGUUCAAGGCAAACAGACCUUGCUUCAGGGUGAAGACCUAAUCCGGGCUCUGGAUCAAGUCAGCUGAAGCACACUCUCCUGUGCGACACUCAGUCUGGGACACUGGUGAAUCCGCAUCCAAAUCAGUCUAUUUAUAUUUUCUAUAUCUGAAGCCAGGCUACAGUGCUGCACCCACUUAGUAUAGCAGCUGUAGUAUAAUCCAAAACCUUUGGUUUAACGUGGAAAGUCACGCUGUGUAGUGCUGGCAGCUUUAUUGCAGUCUUAUCAUGUUUCUGGUGUUUUAUCACCAAGGUUUUUUUUGUAAUCCAACUUCAGUGUUGCUAGCUGCCUGAUAUGUCGUACUUUUACCCUGUCUGUUAAGUAAGAGUGCUUUGCCAGCAGUGCAUUGUAGCGACACUCGCACAAUAUAUAUUUUCUUAAACUAUACCAGCAGUUCAUGCAAUAUAUUAAACAUUUUUAAACUACUUUUAAUGAAAGAUUCAGCAAUUUAUUUUUUCUUCAGUUAUUUUCUAUAUAGUAGUAAAACCAUAUUUAGUCUGGAAUGCACAAGUCACAUGCUGUUUAUUUGUACUUAAAGAUUUGAAUUCAUUGUUACAAACGCUCUGCCUGAUUUGGUAGUCUGUGGGUGGGUUUCAUCUUGGGAUGUUAACAUUUUGGAUUCUAAUAGAAUAUAUGUAUAUUUUCAGUAGUCACUUUUUACCAGCUAAAGUCUUUACUGUAGUUGUAAAAGUUCAUGCUUAAUUAUUGUGUAGGUAAAGAGUAUACAUGUUACACUUGUCUGCUGUGGUGUAGAUGAUGAAUCAAACAAGAAGUGUUGCAGGUUUUGCAUUGUUAUCAAAUGCAUAAUAUGUUAAUAUACUCAAUUAUUGUUUUAUAUGUGGUUAUUAACAUCAGUUUAUGAUAUCAAGUAAGGAAUAACUUUUUCAGUUUCUUUUUAAAACCUUUUAGCCCUAGCUACACCUUUUCUUGUGUGAUCGUAACACACAUGUAUCUCAUUUUGUUAAAUCAUCCCUUUGCUGUCUGUGGUUGGUUCUAACACUAAAUGUAUUACAUCAAUAAACAUUAUAUGUGGACCAGG